UUCACUUCCAACUUGUUUUGAAUCCGUGUUUUCCAUCCUCCCUUGAUUUUCAUUCUCCUUCUCCCCAACUCAAAGCUUUCGCAACUUGUUUCUUGCAUCAUCGUUGUCUUCGCCGUCGUGUUCUUCUGCCUCGGUCACAUCAAGCCGCGGCUCUUUGUGUUUACUUAUUCUGCCGCCAACUCACUUGAGACAUCAACAACGCUCCUUACCCUGCAUAAGUCGCAACUUCGUCAUCAACAUGGCGGCCACUUACAAGCAGUUCCUUGCUGCGCCCAGCUCGUCUCUGCUGGCCGAUACGGCUGCACUGCACUACGUUACCACGACUACGACUUUUUCUGGUCCUACUGAGAUCAUCAAACAUCUGAAUGCGCUUCAGAAGCAGGUCGCAAAGAAGAAGGAGGAAGUGUUCAAUAUUGUUGAUGGGCAAAACGUCAUUGUCUUAGAAGUUGACACAGGUCUCGGCUUUCAAACUGGAGGCGGUCCUUAUCUCCCAGGCCUUGAUGACAAUUUUUUGUCUGCCCGUGAUGUUUACCUCCCCAUUACUCACUUUGUGACCUUCGAUGAAGCUGGCAAAAUUCUUCAGAUUCGACUCCAAUGGGACCAGGGCUCGCUUCUCAAGCAAGUUGAAGUGAUUGGAAAGUCUGGCCGCAACUGGCCCAUUAGAGAUAGCCGAGAGCAGAUCGCAUUUAUCCAGUCUUGCAUCAGAACGGCUGGCACUGGUGCCCCUGUCGCCCCCAGCCACAACGAGACCGUUGCGCGAAACCGAACUAAUUCCACUAAUGCCCUCCGCGACCCCCAUGCAUCCUUGAGGCUGUUUGGUCCUCGAGAUGAAAUUGAAGCGGAGCCCGCCAGUGUUGUAUCUCCUUACGCUGGUACUAGCCGCCCUCGACAGCGGUCUUUCACCGAGAUUUUGGGUGACGAACCCACUUCACCCAGCUCUGGCCGUCGAAAUAUGUCGCCUUCGAAGCGUGGCCAGGGUAAGAACUUCCAGCCUUCGCGAAUUUUCGAUGGUCAAGAGCAUGUCGAGCAACCGGAGGAGCAGCCUCAGCCCAAGAACAAGCGAUAUAUCCGCCCUAACCCAAAGAAGUUCUCUCAUUUCGACUUUGCCGAUGGUAGUGACCCCCAGGACGCCCCCCAGCCGGGCCAAUCCUUUGAUGAAAGACCAAAGUCUAAGCACGACAGCCAAUGGUCUUUCCAGGAUUUCGUGACGCCACAGAAAGUGAAGCCCUCCAGAACUAUGCGCACCCAGGAUGUUCGCCAUUGGGACACUGACAAGGAUGUUGUGGAUGAGACACCAGGCCACCCGGCUGCCAAGCCUAGACGCGAUGCCGACGCACACUUCGAGCUACUUGACGACGGUGAGAGAGUGCCCCAGCAACCGCGCCCCGGUUCCCAUCCCCCGGGCUAUGCUCAUAACGAGGGCCUAGGGCUUUAUAAGAAUCAAUUGUUUGACAAGGAGGACGUAGGACAAAACGAACGCGCUUUAGGCAACAUCACCAACGUGAAAGACCGUGGAAAAGAUUUUGACCACCACUUCGAUAUCAGUGACGAGUCACCAGCCCACCCCCAAGAUCGUGUCCCUGAAGGCCACCAGAAAGCUGUCCAAAUGAUGCAACACAACUGGGACACAUACGACAGGUCUCCUGCCGCUCAGAAGGAAAACCGACCAAUCGAGAAUACCGAUAGCCACAAGAUCAACAUCGCCGGUGAUGGUAUGGGAGGGCGAAAGGGCACCAACCGGGACUGGCUCUAUGGAGAGACUCAAGAUGUCCCUCAGUCGAUUCCCACCCGCAAGCAACCCAAUGUUGUUGCUUCGGGCGUUCCCUUGACCAAGAGUGCCAAGAUUCACAUUGCAGGCGACGGCAUGGGCGGCAAGAAGGGUACUGAGCGAGACUGGCUCUACAAUGAGACUAGCGAGACAGCUGGUGACUCAAAGACCACCAAACCGAUCCCUACAAGAACACCAGGAUCCAACGCCGCACCUGCUAGUGAAAUCAAGGAGAAUACCGACAAGCACAAGAUCAACAUUGCAGGUGAUGGUAUGGGCGGUAAGAAGGGUACCGAGCGUGACUGGCUCUACAAUGAGACGAGCGAGACAUCUGGCGGUCAAGCAACAGCCACCAAAUCGAUCCCUACCCGAACACCAGGAUCUAGCACCGCGCCCACCAACGAAGUCAGAGAGAACACAGAUAAGCACAAGAUCAACAUUGCAGGCGAUGGCAUGGGUGGUCGAAAGGGUACCAACCGAGACUGGCUCUACGGUGAACUGGACGAGCAGCCUCUUCCCACACGGCAGAACGCAUCCUCCAAGAAGGACUUCUGGGACUUUUAGAGAAGAGUGCUUUGCUAGGGAGAACACUCGGACUUAAAUAGAUCUCAAUGUGCGCCCUGUUAUAUUGCUACAGUCUUCAGUUAUGUUGUGUGCAUAUCUGCAUGCAAACGCACGAGUUAUGAUUCAUGAGGGUUCAUCAGCAUUACUUUCCGCCUUGGAAACCCCGCUUGAAAAAGCAUCAUAGCCCUCGGGUCUUCGUCUUUUAUCUUUUUUUGCCUUUAUUUUGCUCUUUCUUAUUUGCUUAUUUCACGGCCUCGCUGACGUAGUAGGCUGCUGAAGACAAAUUAUUUGGCAGGAAGCGGACGAUCAGCCUAGUUGAUAUGCGGGCAUGUUCUCAAGACGACGUAUUAACAUAUGGGGGACUCGAAUUAGAUACCAUUGCUAUCACAUUUUCUGAAACUUCAUCACAAGGGGCACAAGAGUGCCUUUCAGUGAUUAAUAUUAAUUGAUGCCGUGGCAUGGUAUUGUAUGACGCUCAGCACACCUCCGCAGCUGUAUGGAAUUGACUCGAAACGGUGUGCAUAAACAUGGCGUUAUUACAAGUGCAGAUACAAAAGGUAGUAUAGUGGGUGAUCAUAAGUAACGAAUCCCGCGCUCUGAGCGCAUCCAAUUCAACUCCAUGCUAACCUGGGUAAUAACCAAAUCCACAAUGAGAUACAUAUCCAACGCCUCUUAUUAUUUCGUCAUAAUUCUCAUGGCUCAGCACAUGAACUUAUAAUAUCUCUUCCAUCGGGGCCAACCUUCUCGUUCCUCUCGUUCUUGAGCGACAAGGAUAGGGACGUUAAAGUCCCGACGUCCAGUGUCGACGUCCAUAUCUCGUAUUCUCACAAACGUAGUUCGGAAAUAAAGCUUGUGGAAUAUAUAAAAAGCCAAAACGCAGGGUGCGCCAACCCAUUUAUGGAAGAAAUUCUGCGCGACCUGGGCGCUUGUUAAUUCUUGCCAGCCGAUGGGAAAGGCGCCGACCCAGAAUUGCGCGAUGAUGACAAGAACGUUCAGUGUGAUACCAACCCAAGAACCCACAACGCCAACCUGGGAUUGGAAGGGUAACUCGGAGACAGAGCGGCCUCGGGCAGCCCACGCACGGCGGAAACGGAUAUGACACACGCAAAUAGAGCCCCAUGUAAAGAUGGUUGAUAAGCCUGAGAUGGCCAUGAGCCAGUCAAGGACAGCUCCUUGUUCGGGCAGAUCUGCGAGGAAAGCGAUGAGGCCGAACGCGCUUGCGAUCGCAAUAGCGACGAGUGGGCGGCCUUUGCGGUCGACGUAACCGACGAUCUUGGGGGCCUGCCGAAGGUUUGCAAGAGCGGCAAGGGUACGCGAGGAACCGAAGACGGCAGAGUUACCGACGGACAGGACGGCAGUAAGGAUGACCGCGUUCAUGACAGACGGUAGGACCUGAAUGCCGGCUUCUUCAAUGGCUAUGACAAAAGGUGAGGCUGAUGCAUCCGCAUCGCUGUUACCGCCCACGAGUCGAGGGUCAUUGUGUGGAACAAGCAGUCCUACUAAGGUCAAAGCAACGAUAUAGAAAAGCGUGAUCCUCCAAAACACCUGCUUCAAAGCCGUUGGCAGCGAUUUUCGCGGAUUAGCUGUUUCGGCGGCAGCAAGGCCAAUAAGCUCAGUGCCAGCAAAGGAGAAAGCAGCUGUAACAAACACAUUGCACAUUCCUUUAAAGCCGUUGUUAAAAGCACCAGGGUUUUGCCAAUAGCGGCCGCCGAUGUACCCGCUAUCUGGCGUUCCGCCACAGUUGAGAACGAUGCCGAGAAGGCUGAGUGGAAUGUUAAUUCUGCAACGCUUGAGGACAUGUAGUUGAAAGCACUCA